UCUCGUCCUUUUUCAGUUGGCUGCUUCCUUAGCUUUAUCCUUUUAGCACAACCAUGUCUGCCUUUGUGGGAAAAUAUGCCGAGGAACUUAUCAAGAAUGCCAAGUACAUAGCAACGCCAGGGAAAGGUAUUUUGGCAGCAGAUGAAAGCACUGGCACUAUUGGAAAACGUUUAUCAAGCAUUAAUGUUGAAAACAUUGAACCAAAUCGUCAAGCACUUCGUGAACUCCUUUUCACUUCACCAAAUGCUCUUCCUUACCUCUCUGGUGUUAUUCUCUUUGAAGAAACACUUUACCAAAGCACUUCUGAUGGAAAGCCGUUUGUUGAACUUCUUCAAGAGAACCAUGUUGUUCCUGGGAUUAAGGUUGACAAGGGUACCGUGGAUUUGGCUGGGACCAAUGGUGAGACCACAACUCAAGGUUUCGACUCGUUGGGUGCACGUUGUGCACAGUACUACAAAGCAGGUGCUCGUUUUGCCAAAUGGAGAGCUGUGUUGAAAAUUGGGGCUACUGAGCCUUCAGAAUUGUCCAUUCAGCAAAAUGCUCAGGGGCUAGCUCGUUACGCGAUAAUUUGCCAAGAAAACGGACUUGUGCCAAUUGUGGAGCCAGAAAUUCUGACAGAUGGAAAUCAUGAUAUCAAGAAAUGUGCAGCAGCCACUGAAACUGUUCUUGCUGCUGUUUAUAAGGCACUCAAUGACCAGCAUGUUCUUCUUGAAGGAACACUUUUGAAGCCUAACAUGGUCACCCCUGGCUCUGAUAGCCCCAAGGUUGCAGCAGAAGUAAUAGCAGAGUACACGGUCACAGCCCUGCGCCGGACCGUGCCACCAGCAGUGCCAGGGAUAGUGUUCUUAUCAGGAGGACAGAGUGAGGAAGAGGCAACAGUGAACUUAAAUGCAAUGAACAAAUUGGAAGUGCUUAAGCCAUGGACACUGUCAUUUUCAUUUGGAAGAGCUCUUCAGCAAAGUACCCUCAAGACUUGGGGUGGAAAAAAAGAAAAUGUUGGCAAAGCUCAAGAGGCAUUUUUGACAAGGUGCAAGGCUAAUUCAGAUGCAACACUUGGAAAGUAUACAGGUGGAAGUGGAAGUGGUGCUGCUUCUGAGAGUCUGUUUGUUAAAGGUUACAAAUAUUAGAGGGGGAAAAAAGUUGGAGUUGAUGAUAACAGGUUAUAUACUAUUGUCUUUGGUAUUGAUUUUAAUAACAUGUUUUAUGUUAAAAAUUUAGUCUUUUUAAUUUCAAAAAUCUUUCCAUUAAGUAACUCUUGUAAAUUACUGUUCAAAGUUUAUAUUCACUUAACCAAGAAAAUAAAGAAAAAAAAUCUAUAUAUAUAAAAAACAAUAAACUUUGAUGAGUGAAA